CAGGAAACGGUCUUCUCGUGCUGUUGUUGAUCGUGGUCUUCCAGAACGGGAGCGAUUCUGAAUAGAAUUAGUCGUCCUGAACCUCUGCCAGAGUCUACCGAUAACACUUUGGCUUACAUUUAGAUGUUUUCACAAUGACUGAUGCUCAAGGAGUCAGUGCAUUUCCUCUACCUCCAAUGCAGUAUGUUAACAUGUAUACGGAUGAACAUGUCAAGAAAGGUCGAGUUCCACCACCACCUCUACCUGUACAGGACAAUUACACCAUGUUUGGUCAACCCUUUUCAGCUGAUGAUGCAAUAAUUCGACCUCUGGAACAGUCAGGCUGCCGACGACUUUAUCCCCAGAAUUACGACCAUAAACGGGAAUUAAAAAAAAUAAACCAUUCCAUAUUAAUUAACUUCUUGGACAUGUUGGAUGUUUUGAUUCACGCUCCAGAGUCUACGAAAAGAACAGAAAAACUUGAGGAUCUGAAUUUGUUAUUUAUUAAUUUCCACCACCUGGUGAAUGAGUUCCGUCCCCACCAGGCUCGAGAGACACUGCGGGUGAUGAUGGAGGUGCAGAAGAAGCAGAGACAGGAGAUCGCUGACAGGUUCCAGAAGCACCUGGACAAGGUGAAGGAGCUGAUUGAGGAGGCAUUGAACAAAGUGCCGGAUGACAUCAGUCUCGACUCCAAGUUCAUGGUGAAAAGUGAACUGUUGCUGCAGUCGGCUGGCAAGACGGACGAUGAUUCUUUAGACGGGGAACCGUGUGAUCGGCUUGACCAGAUGAUGUGUGACAUUGUCGAUGGGAUGACCUGAAUGUAAAAGGCUCAGUCAAAUGAUGUGUGACAUUGUUGAUGUGAUGAUGAAACUAACAGACUAGAUCAGAUGAUGUGUGACAUCGUUGAUGGGAUAGCCUGAUGUGUGACAUUGUUGAUGUGAUGAUGAAACUAACAGACUAGAUCAGAUGAUGUGUGACAUCGUUGAUGGGAUAGCCUGAUGUGUGACAUUGUUGAUGUGAUGAUGAAACUAACAGACUAGAUCAGAUGAUGUGUGACAUUGUUGAUGGGAUGACCUGAUGUGUGACAUUGUUGAUGGGAUGAUGAAAUUAACAGACUAGAUCAGAUGAUGUGUGACAUCGUUAAUGGGAUGACCUGAUGUGUGACAUUGUUGAUGAGAUGAUGAAAGUAACAGACUAGAUCAGAUGUCACAUUGGCAGGUGUUUGUGAAGAGGGUGGGUCUAGACUGUUUUUGAGCAUGUUCCCCCUGAAAAUAUAUUGGUAAAAAAGAAAACUAGCUGGAGCAGAGAGGAUGGGUUCGAUCCCCAAAAACCCUCCUGCACAUGUGUCUGAUUGGUGAUGAGAUAAUGAAUGUAAUAUGAUGAUGUGUCACAUUGUUGAUGGGGUGACUUGAAUGUAAGAUACACUGUAAAAAGGUGUGACAUAGUUUCAGAUAUGUUUAUGCUGAAAGAUCUCCACAUUCAUGACAGGCUGCAUUUCAAUGUCCAUUGAACAUUGAUGUAACUGAGCAGUGAAAGGAUGUAUUGUUGUAUAAUGUAUUUUGAAAUGAAGAUGUUUUGUAA